CUUUUCUUUGCAGCUCCGGUCCGUCAAAUCCAAGUUCAGCAGGUAGAAAACAGGAUCACCUGCAGCUCAGAGGGGGUCUACCCUGAACCUGAACUCACCUGGUCCACAAACCCUCCAUCCAACCAGACCCUCCAGAACAAAACCAGAGUCCAGCAGACUGCAGAGCAGCUCUACAACAUCAGCAGCUCUCUGAUAGUUUCAGAGACUGAUCUGGACUACAGCUGCACCGUCAGCACUCACAGAAACCAGAAGACAGCCACUUCCUUUAAACAAACUUCUAUCAGUAGUUCAGACGCAGAAACAACAAUCCCCUGCACGUCCUCAAAGGUUUCCCCAACAGACCUCAUCUGGAGGUUCAACCACAGUCAGGUCGUCCUGCACCGGAGCGGGGCCGACGACCGCUACACGGCGUCAGAGGAGUGGAGGCAGCAGGUGAAGAGCGUGUCUGAAUCAGGAGACCUCACACUAAAGGACUUAACGGACAAACACGAGGGGAUUUACAGCUGCGAGCGCAGCGAUGACGAGGAGACAUACGUGACCAACACCUUUCUGAGGCUAGAGACCAGACCAGGUCCAGGCUCCCCUAAUGUUGCAGGCACCGUAGUUGGAGUGAUAGUUGCAUUAAUUUCUCUUGUAAUAGUCUGCGUGACACUCUACAAAUGCAAGCACAAAAAGUCAAAAAAGACAGAAACAAGAGACAGAACAGACCCAUCAGAAGGUGAAAGUUUAAACAAACACCAAAAUGAUGAAGAAAAUAAAUUGUGAAGAAAUGAAAAACUGAGAUGAAAAACACGUCAUGUGACCUGCAGCUCUGACUGUGACGACACGAACGAACCUGAGAAGUUAAAUAAGCUUAAACGGAGCUGGAGGUGAACGGACCUCUCCACGCGGAAAUGAAGGAUGAAACGACGCUCAGGUGCACUGAUAUUUUAGGGAAGGAUUUCCAUUGCUUCACUGGAAACUCAAGGUGGCAACGCCAAAAAAACAAAAAACAAGCUGGUGGCUGAAAUAAUCUGAAGUUUGAGCGGGAACGUCGGAGAAGUUUUUAUCCAAACUGAUAAAUGAAGGACGAGGACACUUUGACUCUGUCCUGUUGCUGAGCUACGGUACGAUUAUUUUAUUUAUUUAUUUUGUGGGAGACUUUUGACUGUGAAGUUCGGCCUGCUGUUCCUCCUCCUCCUCCGUCUUUGUGCUCCACAGGAGGAAAAAAAAUGGUAAAGAAGUCAUUUUUUUAAAAAGCACACACCAAAAAAGGAGGAAAAAGUGACUACUGUGGUUUGUCCAUAAAAACAGAAGUUGUAUAAAUAAACUUCGAGUCACCGUUAGCUGGAUUUUUACAGCUGAAUCAUCCGUGUCAUUUGGACAUCUCGUAUAAAUAGACAAUCAAUGAUAAUUAUGUAUAUAUAUAUAUAAAAGGUUAAAUCUGACAAAAAUCAACACUACGUCAUUUGAAGUCGUGUCCACUUGCUCUAACACGACUCAGUCUUUAGUUGUAAAAGUCCAGUGUGUAAAAUUUUGGGAGAUUUAGUGGCAUCUAGUGGUGAGAGUCUGUUUUUGAUUUGUCCGUUCUGGGCUACUGUAGAAAGACGGCGGCGCAAACAUGGCGAUCACCAUGAGCUUAAUUUAUAGAGCACUUCUCAUACAAUGAAGGCAGCUCGAAGUGCUUCACAAAAA